CCGUAGCUCACCGUUGCACCUCUCCGUCUCGCCGAAGUCACUCGCCGUCUCCGUCCCUGCGUCUCCGUCUACACCGGCACAUCGCGAUGCUCCGCCCCGCCCUCCAGACUGCGCGCAACGUGCGCCUCACGCGCUCGUUCCAGACCUCGGCAGCGCGCCGCGCCGCGCACGGCGACUCGAAGCACGACACGCACGAGUCCUUCUUCACCGGCCCAUGGAUCCAGGCGGGCAUCAUCUUCGCCUUCGGCGUGACGGCGUACAACUUCCUCCCCUCGCCCAAGGAAGUCGUCGCGUCCCCCACCACCUCGAACUCGGCGCUCGAGCAGGAGGCCAAGAACGACUCGGCACCGUGGCUCACCCGUUUCCUUGCUGGCCGCCUCGCCGGCGCCGCGGAGCAGAACGAGCAGUACAACGACAAGCACCUUGCCCUGACCAUCGAGGCCGCUGACCAGCGCCUGCUGUUCAACGAGGCUGAGCGGCCCAAGGUCCGCCGGCUGAAGUACCCCAGCCUCUUCGAGCAGCAGUCGCCCUACCUCGUCGGCGCCGGGACCACGCCCGACCUGUCCAAGCUGGUGAUCAAGAGCGACGAGCAGUAAAUAGAUACAUGCAAAUAUAAGAUAGCGGCGGUGGGGAGGACAUGAACGGCGAGGAGGCGGGGACUAGGACCAUCCGCAAGCCAGUCGCAUGUGAGCAGUCGCGUGAAAGCACCCUUCAAGCCAGAGCCCCGAGGGCAUGUCACAAAUGGCCACCCAUCGUAGUGUUCGAUAUAAUCUCUGGCAUAGUCAACAAACAACUGAUACAACGGAUGAGAUGUC